AUGAUAUCUGAUGGCGCCUCUUCCAUCACCGUCACAGUCCGGGUGCGACCUUUUACAAUCAGAGAGGCUGCUCAGUUCUCUAAGUCCGACGACAACACUCUGUUCCUUGGCGAUGGAUCUCUAGCAGGCGUUCCGACCCCAAAACUCAACCAGAAGGGAAUCAGGUCCAUUGUGAAGGUUAUCGACGACCGGUGCUUGGUAUUCGAUCCGCCCGAAGACAACCCUGUCCAGAAAUUCUCCCGGAGUGUCGUGCCCAAUGGUAAGCGCGUCAAGGACCAAACAUUUGCUUUCGACAAAAUUUUCGACCAAAAUGCCUCCCAGGGCGAAGUCUACGAAUCGACCACACGAAGCCUUCUCGAUAGCGUCCUUGAUGGCUACAAUGCGACCGUCUUCGCGUACGGUGCGACCGGAUGUGGAAAAACGCAUACCAUCACUGGAACAGCGCAGCAACCCGGCAUCAUAUUCAUGACUAUGCAGGAGCUGUUUGAAAGGAUUGAGGAGCGAUCGGAUGAGAAAGCGACUGAAAUUUCACUUUCUUACCUUGAAAUUUACAAUGAAACUAUCCGUGACUUACUUAUGCCCAGCACCAACAAGGGCGGUCUCAUGCUCCGGGAGGACACAAAUCAAUCAGUCUCUGUAGCUGGUCUAUCGAGCCAUCAUCCACAAAAUGUGCAGCAGGUCAUGGACAUGAUUGUGCGAGGAAAUGAAUGCCGUACAAUGUCUCCAACCGAAGCCAAUGCCACCUCAUCACGAUCCCACGCCGUCCUCCAAGUCAACAUCGCACAGAAAGAUAGAAAUGCCGACGUGAAUGAACCGCAUACUGUCGCAACUCUGAGCAUUAUUGAUCUUGCUGGAAGUGAGAGAGCUAGUGCCACAAAGAACCGAGGCGAACGUCUGUUCGAAGGUGCCAACAUCAAUAAGUCACUACUUGCUCUAGGUAGCUGCAUCAACGCCCUCUGCGACCCUCGAAAGCACAACCACAUUCCAUAUCGUAACUCCAAGCUCACUCGACUGCUUAAGUUUGCGCUUGGUGGAAACUGUAAGACUGUCAUGAUUGUCUGUGUCAGCCCAUCAAGCCAGCACUUUGAUGAAACACAGAAUACACUACGAUAUGCCAACCGAGCAAAGAACAUUCAGACCAAGGUCACGCGAAAUGUCUUCAAUGUCAACCGACAUGUCAAAGACUUCUUGGUCAAGAUCGACGAGCAAAUGAAGAUGAUUAAUGAUCUCAAGGCACAACAGAAGGACUCCGAGAAGCUAGCUUUUGCCAAGUUCAAGAAACAGACUGAGAAGAAAGAUGCCAUGCUACGGGAGAGUGUUGCUCGUAUUCGCAGUGCCUACGAGCAUACUUUACAGGACCGACAGGAGCGGAUCACGAAUACGCUCAAAUUAAGACAGAUCACCCGCCGUAUCGGAAUUCUGUCUUCUUGGAUAGCCGCAUUUGACAACGUAUGCGCCGAGCGCGAAGACGGCGAGGGACUUUCCAACCUGUAUGCGAUUCGAAAAAAGGCACAGGGUAUCCUUGUUGAGUUGGAGAGUAGCAGACACCACUACAAUCAACGGCUUUCGAAGUGCACCUGGGACAGAGCCAUGAACACAGCCGUUGAGAACGCCACGAAGCAGCUUCAAGAGGUAGAUAUUAGUGAUCAAAGUGACUUUGCAAACUUGGAAAAAGAGGCAGAGCUUCUGAGGUCACAUGCCGAGCGAGAAGCGCUGUCUGUGGUUGUGGAGCAAGAUAAGGCUGGAGAAGUAGUUGCCAUUCAGGUACUGCUACAGGCCCAAUUUGAGCUGAUCGCGUCCAUUGAAGACAUCAUGCAGUUGAGCGCAGAUGAGGCCAUGGAGAAAGGUCAUGCGAUUCUUACGAAGAUGCUGGAAAAUUGCUCAGAUGCCACAUCUGGCUUGGUUAAAUCGGAUGGUAGCCUGCCGACACUGCCAACCACGCAAGCCUCUGCCAAACCAGCCAGUCCUGCUAAGCCCAAGAAGAGAUACAGCCUGGUGAGAAUGCCAGCUGCUAGGCCAAUAAAUUAUUCCGUGCAGCUUGCUCCAACUGCACCUGUCUCUCCCAAGAAAAGCUCUCCUCGUCGCCGCAAGGUUGCAGGCAACCGAAAAAGUGUCAGCUUCACCCCAAAGAAGGUCCAGACAACAGCCCCUAAAAGAUCAGUUCGCUGGAAGGACGAUGAAGAGAAUUGCCCUCUGUUUGAAUUCAAACAGUCGCCCCUGAAGCCCCCUUCUGCACCCGCGGAUGAUAGCUACUUGGAAGAGCCGUCCUUGCCCCUAGCUCCAUCCCCUAUUCCAAGAAACAUUCCUCGGGUCAUUCCGUCGAGCAGACAAUCUCCGGUUCCAUCCUCGAUUGAACCAACAUUGAACGUCCAGAAAAAUACCAGUCGAUUUAAGGCUGGGUUCUUGUCCAAAAGAGAGAGCAGCUCCCCCCUUGCUCCGCCACCUUCAAUCUCUCUUCCCAUAUCUGACAUGGAGAAUUCACCACUCCGCAAUAUUGAAGGCAGCAGUUUCUUAAAUCGUGCAUCUCCUGCAGAUCGGCCAUCACGAAUUGCCGUUCGGAGUCCCAGUGGCACUUUAUCCAGAAGUCCCAGUCUUGGCAGCAUUUCAAGCAGUCCAGUGCCCGAGAGUAAUGUCAAUUGGAAGUCUGGAGCGGGGACAGAUGAAGCAAUUAAGAUUAACUCCGCCAUGCGCCGCAUCUCGAAUGGCAAUUUCGGCCCAUCGACGUCAGGCGGUUCUCUUAGAGUCCAGCGUCGCCGUAGCCCCACGGCUACUACCUAUGGCAAUUCUCCAAACGAGAACCACAUGUUUACAGCUUCGCAGGCCCGUCGAAUGGUCAAGAGCGAUAAAGAGAUGGAGACCAAACCUCAUGUACUGAGUCCUCAAUCUUUGCCCGUGAUGAAAAACACUGGCCGACGAAUUACCGUGGGAGGAGACAUUCGACCCCGUCGCGUCAGCCUUACUGGCAGAGAAGCUACUCGUCUCAGUAUCUUGGCCGCACCUACUGUGAACCGCACGCCUGACUUGACUCAUGGUGGAUUGCGAUAG